ACUCUUACUCGAUAUCAAAAUCAAACCACCAAUACUCAUUACAAAGUCUUUUUCAAACUAUUCAUCAGACGUUACGAUGAGUUCAUAUGUGGAGGUUGCCCCGGGACAAAACGAAGCCUUGAUCCAAGGUCCAAAGGAUGUCGAACUCGGCCGGUGGGAACCGAUCGAGAACAUCGAAGAUCCAUACGUGCAAGAGAUGGGAAGGUUUUCAGUGAUGGAGCACAACAAGCAAACAGGGGCAAACCUAAAGUUCAUUCGUGUGGUAAAUGGUGAGAAACAAGUUGUGGCUGGAAUAAAUUAUAGGCUUAGGAUUGAAGCAAGGAAUGAAAUGAAUUUGGUUUGGACUUAUGAGGCUAUGGUGAAUGAUAGGCCAUGGGAGAAGAAGUGGAAGCUCAUAUAUUUUGUACCUCUCCUCAAGAACUGAUCUACUUAUUGCUUCUCUUCUUGCAUUAUCUAUGAAAUAAUAAAGGGAGACCAAUAAAAUAAAAGCUAUCUUUAUGUCUAAUAUUUUGGUUGUGUUUCCUUUUAUGAUCUAUUAAUGAGAGAAUAAAAUAAAAGUUUUAUCCAUGCA